CAGAGCUUGGAGGCAGCUUGGCCAGUGGGCACCGGGGCUAGGUAAAAUGCCUCCCUCAGCAGGGUCCCCCUUGCUCUGGGCCUGGCUGCUGCAUGCUCUGUAUUGCUCUGGACCGGCUAGGAGCAGCCCCGGCCCCUCUUCCCCGGCAGGACGCUGCAGCCCCAGCGAAUACCUGAGCACCCAGACUCAGCGCUGCAGCCCCUGCGGGAAGCACGAGGUGAAAAGCCCUGAAGGCCUGAGGUGCAUCUGUGCUGCCGGGCUGACCGGGGCAGGCCAGGCCCACCCUGCGGGGGACUGCAAAGCUUGCAGUCCCCGGCAGCCUGCCUCGCUCUGGGAGUCUGCCUUCCUGGACAGCAGCUUUUUGGCUUGCAAUAGCUCCUGCAACCUCACAGCCUGCCAGCUCCUCGCCAACACGGUUAUUCUGAACGCCUUCUCCUUGGAAACCAGGGCCUUCGACCUGUACACAAAGGCUAGAGGCCAAAACCUUCCCGAGCUGUUUUACCGCACACCCGAGACAUCUCCGGGAAGGGGAGUUCCCCAGUUCCUCCCCUGGAAGGGCUCGAAGAUCGGCCUUAAGGUUGUGAAGUACGAUGUCCGAGGAAACUUCCUAGGCUGGGAGGAUGUGAAGGGUGGCACGUUGCAGCUCUGCACAGACCGUCAGAGCGUGCUGGAUGCCGCCUUCUCCUUCGGCACGUCCUACCAUCAGUCCUGCAGGGUCCAGGUGUCCGACCUGCUGCGGCGUGUCCCUGAGCCCACGCUCUACGAGCUGUUCCUGGAGUUCCCGGAUGACCAGGGCAACCCCUGGCUGUGGCCGGUGCCUAUUGCCAAUCCCCAGCUCCAGCUGAGCGACCACGCCGCCUUGAAUUCGCAGCCUCUGAGACGGUUCUUCCUUGUCGACGGGCUCUCGGGCAGAACAGGGAACCUGGCCAACCCGCCGGCAUCUGUUAUGCUGGCAGCGGAUCUGCUCCUCAGCAUUUACCUCCCAACCAGUAGCCCUGGAGACCAGCCUCCUUUCCUGUUGACAGUGAAGUACACAAGGCAAGAGAGCACGGCAAUAACGCAGGUGUCCUUUGCCGUGGCCUACAGCCAGAUCCCAGAGGCAUCCCAGCAAGUCACCGUUAUAGCGCUUGCAGUCCUGGGGUCGCUGGCAGCCUUGUACGCCUUGCUGAAGACCAGCAGCUGGGUGCGGAGGUCUCGACUUCAGAACAUAAGCCUUGUGGUCAUUAUCAAGUUCUUUGCCUUCUUUGCUGGGUCUCUAGCCAACGCCUUCUUCGGGGUCACCCUGGGAAUUGGGAUUUACUGGCUCAUUGUUUUCAAGGGCCAGCAGCUUUCGGCAGUGGGGGUCACCCUGCCCCCAGCCGGCAGUCAGCUGGAAACCAGCUUCAUUAUCUACCUGUCCUGCGCUUUUGGGUUGAAGGCUCUGGACCUGCUCCACAUCCUGAUCACCCAGCUAACCAUCUCCAUCUUCCUGAUCGACUGGGAGAGGCCCAGGGAGAAGCCAGCGCUCCGAGCAGACCCAGGAGGCCGGCGGGUCGCUUCCUCUGUGAGCAUCUGGAGAACUUUCCUGGUCGCCAACGAGUGGAACGAAAUCCAAACGCAUCGGAAAUUGAAUCCGCUGCUUCAGCUGGGGGCGGUGCUGCUUCUCCUGGAGGUCAUGGGCUUGAAGCACUUGGCGUCGCGUGACCUGACCGUGAAUCUGCACCCUGGCCCUGACUCAUACGUGGCGGCGUGGAGCCCGAUCCUUCGGUUUGGGAUCUCUGCUUCCCUCUGGAUGGCCGUGGCAAUUGUGCAGAUGGUGUUUUUCGUCGGUGUCUACGAGCGGUUCGUGGAGGACAAGAUCCAUCAGUUCGUAGAUCUCUGCUCCCUGAGCAACGUGUCCGUCUUCAUCCUGAUGCACAGAUGCUAUGGGUUUUACAUCCAUGGGCGAAGCGUGCACGGCCAGGCUGAUGUGGGCAUGGACGCCAUGUAUGCCUGCCUCCGCAGGGAGGAGGAGGAUCUGUGCCCUCUGAGAGGCCUGGAGCCCAACUCCGAAAUCCAGACCUUCGAGGUGCUCCUCACCGACAGAGUCCGACAGCUGUACGACAAGAUAACGCAGCCCUUCAUGGAGGUCACCGGAGGCAAGAGGUGCAGAUCCGAUGUGCACGAGCAAAGACUCAAGAGCUAUUACACCCUGAACCGAUUCCUCAGCUCCUUCCUCGAACACGCUUACAGAGACAUGGACUAUGUGGUGAAGGACAAGUUCUUCCUGGAGCGGGUCCUGGACAUGGAGUUUCAGGAGCUAGGAGACAUGUCCGUCCUCUACAAUGAUGACCGUGCCUUGUUCGGCAGGACUCUCUUCUACAAUAACGAGCUGGCCUUGCUGCUCUUUGACACCCUGCUCUUCUCGGUCGUCGAUCUGGGGGCACAGGACUUUGUGCUGGCGGCGAUCAGCACCUUCCUUGUGCAGAAGGUGGUGGAGAUGGUGCGAAAUGCACUGGGGAGAAGAAAUCUGGCCGCAAAGACACUGGUGGAGAAGCGAUUCCUGAUCUAGACACAAACGUGAC